AUGCACGCCACACGCGCCCUUCUCCAGCACCGCCAGCCCAUGAUCCGCUUCCUAGGGAAGCGCAAUAUCCCCGCAAAACUCGACCACUCUCCCCACGUCCACCCAGCCAGUCCAUCACCCUCUCUGCCCUCGUCCUUCGCCGAGUACCGCCAGAAAGCCCAGCAACACGGUCCUCUCGGCGGCCAGCAACAGUCCUCCAGCAUCUCCUACGGGGGAUACAUCGGUAGCAGGUCCGGCUCGUCACUCGGCUCCGUCACGCCCAGCGAGGGCCAGUACUUUGACCGCAACGACCUGCCCGCGCGCUUCAAGCGUCUGGCCUGGUCGCAGGCCGAGAUCGAUGCCAUUGAGAGCGGCGGCGCAAGCUUGUUCUAA